GUCUGGUAGAAAAUGAUGGCAAGAUUCUCCGGUUUUCUCAUUGUUCUUGCUCUCGUUUGCUUUCUUCCUCUCCGUCUCUGCAAUCAGAGCUAUGGCGGGAAGCUUUACCCGGGUUUCUACGACCAUUCUUGCCCUAAAGCUGAAGAGAUAGUCAGGUCCAUUGUAGCGAAAGCUGUUGCCAGAGAAACCCGUAUGGCCGCUUCGCUGAUGAGGCUCCAUUUCCACGAUUGUUUCGUUCAGGGAUGCGACGGCUCGGUGUUGCUGGACAGCAGCGGGAGAAUCACGAGCGAGAAGAACUCGAACCCUAACAGAAGAUCGGCUCGUGGGUUUGAAGUCGUUGACGAGAUCAAAGCUGCGUUGGAGAAAGAGUGUCCGAACACUGUUUCUUGCGCCGACGCCUUGACCUUAGCCGCCAGAGACUCUUCUGUUCUCACCGGUGGACCGACAUGGAAGGUUCCUUUGGGGAGAAGGGAUUCAAGAGGAGCGAGCUUGAGUGGCUCUAACAACAAUAUCCCCGCACCCAACAACACUUUCCAGACCAUUCUCUCCAAGUUUAACCGUCAAGGACUCGAUACCACCGACCUCGUCGCUCUCUCGGGGAGUCACACCAUUGGAUUCUCGAGAUGCACAAGCUUCAGACAGAGACUGUAUAACCAAUCCGGAAAUGCGCGACCGGACUCGACCCUGGACCAGUCGUUCGCCGCCUCGCUCCGUCCGCGGUGUCCGAGAUCGGGCGGAGACCAGAACCUGUUCGUGCUGGACAUCAUCAGUGCCGCGAAAUUCGACAACAGUUACUUCAAGAACCUUAUCGACAACAAGGGUUUGCUGAAUUCCGACCAAGUUCUGUUCUCCAGCAGCCAGCAAGCGAGAGAGCUUGUCAAGAAAUAUGCAGAGGAUCAGGAAGAGUUCUUCGAGCAGUUCGCUGAAUCGAUGGUCAAGAUGGGUAAUAUUUCUCCGUUGACGGGAUCAAAUGGUGAGAUCAGGAAGAACUGCAGGAAGAUCAACUCUUGAAUUUCGAAGUGGGCAUUGAACUGUGGGCACAUAAAAUAAAAAAAAAUGUUUUUCUGGAUGAAAUUGGUUAAUCAUCACUGGAAUCUGGUUUUAAUUUCUUUUGUCUUCUUUGUACUGUUUUUCUUCUCUGUCGUGUCAGAAGGUGAGUCUGUGUGUCUUAAAUCAGAAGCUUUUUGUUUUGUUU